GUUGCAGAGUAAACAACAAGUGACAAUACCUAGCCUUUCGACUCACCACUUAUCUCAACUUUACUAUGAGGGAGUAACUGCUAGUGGCUGUUGCCUUUAUCCCUCUUUUUGACCUUUUGUUUUUACUUUUGACUUUUUCCUGCUGUGCCCCUAAAAUCAGCCAAACAGUAAACUAGCCAAAAUGGAUCCCCAGUCACCGCCAAAGAGGAUGACACGGGCGCGGGCAGCGGCGAAGACGGCAGAGCCCGACACAAAGACAACGCGCAUCGUGACUACCGCAGCCAAGGCCAGGGCUACCCGCACCACCACCACCACCACAACCGCCCCGCGAAGAGCAUCCAAGAGGAAAACCCGGUCUGACGAAGGCGAGGACGAAGACUACGACGAACUGGAGCAAAUUGACCAACAAAUGCCCUCAACUGCGACUGCGACGAAACCUGCUCGGGGCCGAGGCCGCCCAAAGAAGGUCGCCAUUGCCGAGCCUGAAGCACAGCCAGAGCCAGUACCCGCACCAACUCGGAGCCGCGGGAGGCCUAAGAAAACGGCCGACCCUGUAGCAGAAGACGAGAUUUCAAGGGUAAAGCCUACCAGGAAAACCAGUGCCAAAAAGGCAGAAGAGGCCGAAUGUCCCGUCGAGCCGACCAAGAAGACGACGCGCGGACGCGCAACUACGUCGACAGCUGCCACGGCCGCCAAGUCGCUUUCAAAGCCUGCCGUUAAAAAGACGGUCAAGUUUGAAGAGCCCGAGAAGGAGAACAUCGUCCCCGCCACCUCCACCUCAGCUCCAAGCAAGGCUUCGACAAAGGCCCCCGCGCCCGCUACCACUGGAGGCCUGCGGGGAAAGCCAAUUCGCAAGGCAGCCUCUACCACCAGCCGGACCGCCCGCGGUACCAAGGCAGCCGCUGACAAGGCUCCAUCAAGCGAGAAGGAGGAGAAACCAAUGCCAUUAAGCCCUAAGAAGAUCAACCAAUUAGCUUUGAAUCGCGGCAUCGAAUCAGACGACGAGCUCGGUAUGGACGAGAAUGUGCCCGUUAGGAGACUCAAAAAGGCCCCCAUCAAAGCUGUCACAACCACCAAGUCCUCAGCACCGAUAGUCACGGAGCCCAUCAUCUCCCAGAAGGAUGAAGAUGGCGAAGCUAGCAAGCCCGAAACCGAUCCGGCUGCGCUCAUACUAUGUACUCCUGCCAAGCGGCUUCCCCAAUCUGCUUGGAAAGGCAGCAUCAAGUCCCCCGCGAAGCGCGUUGAAGGGCUGCUCGGGCCGGCUUUGUCUCAGAGCUCGAAAGAGGACCAGAUAUCCCAAUCACCGGUCAAGAUCGGGCUUUUGCAGACCCCAGCUAAGAGGCAGCCUCUAAGCCAGAAUUCUAUGGGCACUCAAAUUGGAGUUUCGCCACUGAAAAUCUCGCUGCUGUCGUCUCCCGCCAAGCGUUCGAUUUCGCCCAUCAAAACAUUGCCCCCCAGAAUCGAAGAGGACGAGGCCCUGGGCCAGAGCCCGGCUCCGAAGCCCACUCUGCUCGCCAGCCCGAUGCCUGUGAUUCCUAAUGACGUUGGGGAGGAGCAUGCACCCGCAGACGCGGCGACCGAAGAGACGAAUGAUGACCACGUCAUCCCCGAGUCUCCCACAAGAUCCCCAUUCCCCGGUCGUCUGUCUGCUGUCUUGGCUCGACAUGCUGACCCGGCUUUGACACCUCCCACGUUGAGUCUGUCCGAGCAGACGUCGAAUGAUGAGGCAGAGGUUGAUUUGGCCGAGAAAGCUCCGAAGUAUGAGGAACUCGAGCCAUCUGGCGAUCCCAUGAUUCUGGACAACGCGCCCACAGAGGCUUGCACGGUGGCGUCGACCAGCACGACACCACCCUCCUCUCCUCCCGGUACUGCCAUUCCCAUGUUUGGCUUGCGUGAGAAGGAUCUUGAUCCCUAUGGAGACAUUGCGGACUCCGACUCCGACGAUGAAUUGCCGCGGCAAGUCAGACGUCCCUCUGCCUUCGCUGCGACACCUACCACGCCUUCACAUGCUGUUACAGGGACUCGCGCGGAACGUCGGUCAGCUGGAUUAAGCACGGUUAAGAGAGCACGGGUGGAUGACAAGUUCGGCUUCACACCUCUUGCCCAGCAGCUCAACGCAUGGGCCGCUGAUUCGGACUCUGUCAAGGCUAGCCUUGCCACCGCCUCCUCUCCCACCGUAAAUAUUGCUACCGAGCAGCAACAGGAGUCAGUCCCGACGUCUUCAGACACAGCGGGAAACACAUUUUUCGAGGAUGAAAUGCAUGUUCGACCGCAGGCCACCGAGACUGGGGAGGAUGCCAUUGCGCCCGAAGAGAACGUUGACGUUGUAAUGGAGGAUAUUUCGUUUACCGAGGAGGACGUGGCGCUUGCAGCUGAAGCGCAUGAGAUGUCACUUAUGGAGGCGGAACCGGCAGUCAACGCCGGCAACCACAGCCAUGAUGACUCGCUUUCCGAGGCCAGCCAGGAGUACGGAGACGAGAAUGAGAUCCCCAUCGAUCCUGUGCUUGCCGCCACCGGUGACGCCCGGGAGCCAACGGCGCCACCAGUGACCCCGCAGCGCAUUAUUAUGCGACGCGAAGUCCACACAGUGGCCAAGGUGCCGCUCAAGCCUGCGGACGAGUCGACGCCUCGGCCCACAAUCAAGAAGCGUUGCCAGAGCGUGUCGCGCCUCCCUGCCUCGCGACCGACCCAUUACAUGACCAGAAAUGCCACGGUGAUCUCGUAUUCUCCCACCAAGGGAUCAAAUGCCCACCCCUUUGAGGAGGAGCAGCAACAGCAGGAGGAGGAGCGGGCCGAGUCCGCCCCGCCGGAGACGCCACAGAAAUCCGACAUCUGGUCAACAAUCGGCACACCUGCGCGGACACCUCGCCGCGAUCUUGACCCGGCUCUUCUCCGCGGCGCUGUGGUGUUUGUGGAUGUUCAUACGAGCGAAGGCGCCGAUGCGAGCGGUAUCUUUGUCGAACUGCUGACCCAGAUGGGUGCGCGCUGCGUCAAGAAUUGGUCGUGGAAUCCCAGCAAUGCGCAGGCUGACGGUGCGGAUUCGAGGAUUGGCAUCACGCAUGUCGUGUACAAGGACGGCGGGAAGCGCACACUGGAGAAGAUUCGUGAGAGCGGGGGUGUGGUCCAAUGCGUGGGCGUCAGCUGGGUCUUGGACUGCGAGCGCGAAAACAAGUGGCUUGAUGAGGCGCCCUAUUACAUCGACACGUCGCACGUCCCUCGAGGCGGCGCCCGACGCCGCAAGAGCAUGGAGCCCCGCGCCAUUGCCAAUCUCAACGGCAUGCUCAUGCCCUCUCCUCAAGUCCGCAAUAACAACUCGUCAUUCCGAGGCUGCCAAACCGCACCGAGCACCCCGCUCCACAACCGCCGCGACAGCGCCCUGUGGGUUCGCACCCCUGACUACGGCAGCAACUUGGCCGACGACCACGACCAGCAGGAGCAGCGCGACGCCGGAUCGGACAACAACACCAGCGACGACGACGACGAGGAUGAGCAGCGGUGGUCGGCCACCCACCUGCUAACGCCCGUACCAAAGACCCCGGCGCCCGAAGCCAUCGCCCGCUUUGUGGACAACCUCAGCCCAUUAAACUCGGAGUCGCCAUGCAGCGAGGACAAUCACGGGAAAACAAAUGAUGGUGACGACGACGACGACGACCGUCGUGAAAAGAUGCUCACGCGCACCUGCCCGCCGAAGCGUCAAGUCGCCGCGGCGUUCGGAGAGCUCGGUGAGGGGAUUCUCAGCAAAGAGAAGGACGAGCGUGUGCUGAUGCGACUGAUGGCGGCCAGGCGGAAAAGCCUGCAGUUUGCGCCCAAGGUGGGGAGUCCGUUGGCUAAAUCUUGGAGGUGAAGGUCUUGUUUGAUGAAUAUGGAUUGGGAUUGUUUGGGUUGGUUGUAAUGAUGUGAGGGCGGUGGGGGGUUGUAUGGUUGAUUAUUCUGUUGUUGGGGAGGUGAGUGAGGAUAGGAGGGUGGUGACAUAAUACCCCUUGUGUACAGGAAGAGACAGGACUGCGCACUGGAAACGGGGUUUCGCUCGUUAUACUUAGACAGGGUGGUGAUCGUGGAUCUGGGCUGGGAUGGGAAGGCGUUGGAUGGAUUGGUGUUUGGUGUGUGUUAAUUUAUUGCUUGCCAUGCGUAUGCAUAAUGAUGUUGUGUUAUAUGCCCUG